CGUGAAGAGCGAAUGAUGAGCAUCGGCGGCACCGAGUGGACAGUAUCAUGAUCGAUCGACGGCGUCACGGUACGGUGGAGUGCAGGGAAUCAAUCAUAGCAACCGCAUGGAGCCACUGGACACGUGUCGUCCAGGCAACAUCAGCGAGCAGCAUCGCCCUUACCUUCGUAGCCGUUGUGUGGAUCGUGUAUUGAAACAAAGUGCAGCUGUACCAAAACGAAGAAGCUCCGUCAAGAAUCCGUCUUCAUUUCAUUCAUACAUCAGAAAGUUACCAAAAAUGAGUGUAUUAGACUGCCCGUCCGAUCUGACGCUCAUCAGCGAUGAAAUGUCCAUCGGAGACGUUAUCCAGGAUAUGAUCCGGAUGGGUCCGCACGAAGAUCCGCUCCACAUGCUCGACCUGGACGAUGUGGUCCGGAAGCACUACGGCUGGUGCGCGAAGAUGCCCAGGGUGAAGCCGUUCUACGCGGUCAAGUGCAACGACGAUCCGCGCAUCCUGCAGACGCUGAUGACGCUCGGGACUGGCUUUGACUGUGCGUCCAAGGGUGAGCUGGAACGCAUGAUCGGGUACGGUGUGAAGCCGGAAAACAUAAUCUUUGCGCAGCCGGCCAAAUCGAUACCAUCGCUGCUGUAUGCCCGCUCGAAACACGUGUCCGUGAUGACGUUCGAUGGGGCGGUCGAGCUGGAAAAGAUUCACCAGUACUAUCCGGAGGCACGGUUGGUGUUGCGUAUGCGCCACGACUCACAGAAGGUACGCUGCUCGUUGGGCAAAAAGUUUGGCUGUGAUCCGGUUGCGGAAGCACCGGAACUUUUGCGGUAUGCGGCCAGGCUUGGCAUGAACGUGAUCGGUAUCAGCUUCCACGUGGGAUCCGAUUGUGACGAGCAUCAGGUGUACUACGAUGCGGUGAAGAUAGCAAAGGGUCUGUUCGACUACGCCAAGACACUCGGGUACGAGUUCAGUUUGCUGGACAUUGGAGGAGGAUUCCCGGGUGACAAUAACAAACCGAUCGAUCGUUACGCGAAAGCGAUCAAUGUGGCGAUUGAUCACUACUUUCCGGCAGAGUUGGACAUUCGCAUCAUUGCCGAACCGGGCCGUUAUUAUGUGGCGUCCGCUGUGACGCUGGUUUCGUUCGUAGACUCGAAGCGUGUGAUGAGGGAGCAGCUGCCGGACGGUACAGAGGAAACGAGAAUGCAUUACUAUCUGAAUGACGGUGUGUUCGGUACGUUCUACUGUACCGCACACGAGGCACAACCAGCGAUACCGAUCGUGGAGCGAAAGGUGGGAGCGAAGCAGUACAACACAUCGGUCUGGGGGCCAACGUGUGAUGUGAUGGAUCUGAUUCUACCCGAUGUCGUUCUGCCCGAGCUGUACAUUGGCGAUAGUGUGGUGUUCGAGAAUGUGGGAGCCUACGGGCAGGUGCUUUCCUGCCGUUUCAAUGGAUUCGCCCUGCCCAAGGUCGUUGCAUACUUGCGCGAAGGUACCUGGAAAAUACUGCAAGGGCUGAAUGCAGCAGCAACCGCUAUUUCGGCCCGUUCCAGCGAUAGUUCGGAUGGCAAGCUGCUUGUCACUCAUGAAAGCUACACUCCCAUCGCUGAGGCAACGUACUUGGUUUGAUAGGAUAGUUUUAGAGCACUUAAAUUAUGUACCAAUGAAAUAUAUAUUAUGUUAUGUUAU